AUGGCAUCAAAUACCUACUCCUACACCCCCGACCAACUCACCCUCUACCUCGAGCGGAUCCACUACGGCUCCAAUGAAUCCGCCACCAGCAGCAGCAGAUUACAACAAGCACAACAAGCCGUGAAAGCCGAUCCCCUGGGUACUCUAUACGAGAUCCAACGGCGGCAUUUAGCAUCCAUUCCCUGGGGAAAUUCAGCCCUGCAUUACUCCAACCACCGGACCAUUGAUAUCCGACCUGCGUGUGUUUAUGAGAAGUUAAUCACGCGUAGGCUGGAUGGCUACUGCAUGGAGAAUAAUACCCUGCUGUAUGGGGUGUUGAAGUCUCUAGGGUAUGCGGUUUAUGCGACGGGUGGGAGGGUGUGUUUGGCUGCGACGGGGCAGGCGAAGGAGGGGUUGGAGAGGUUGUAUACGGGGAUGUCGCAUAUGGUGCUGAUUGUGUUGAUUGAGGGGGAGAAGUAUGCGGUUGACGUUGGAUUCGGGGGUAAUGGGCCUACCCGCCCCCUGCCACUGAAAGAGGAUGUCGUUUCGGUCUGCAUGGCUCCGACGGAGAUGCGUCUCGUUCAUGAGCCCCUGCCUGAGUAUGCGGACCAGACGCAAAAGGUCUGGAUCUACCAGAUUAGGUAUACGCCUGACAGCAGGUGGAUUCCCAUGUACUCGUUCCUGGGGACGGAGUUCCUGCCGCAGGAUUUCGAGAUCAUGAAUUAUGCGACGAGUCAGCGGCCCACGAGCUGGUUCACGCAGUCGCUGGUUUGUACGAGGUUCAUCAUGGAUGAGGCGGAAACUGAAGUGCAGGGGAUGUAUUUUCUCGUUGGGCGGGAGGUGAAGAAGAGACAGUUUGGAAAGACGGAGGUUGUAGAGACGCUGGAAAGGGACGCAGAUCGCGUCAAAGCCCUGGAGAAGUGGUUUGAUAUGCACCUCCGCGAUUAUGAAGUCGAGGCUAUCCGCGGUUUUGUAUCUGAGAUCAAAUAG